AUUUUUCCGUCUGCUUGUGGCGUAAUUUGGAUUUUAAAACGUGGGUAAAUAUCCAACGUGGUUGUAAAUUUUACACAGUUUUGAUAAUCAUACGAUGAGAGAAGACAUGAUGGAUUCCUCACCAUUUCAUCAUGUACCUCAAACACCCUUACUUUUAACAUCAUUUCCGACACAAUCACCUGUGCCAACUGUACCAGAUGUAGACCAUGAAUCAAGACGGUUUUCAGUGGUUCCCUGCCAAAUUAAUUACACAGAUCAGCGGUUACCGCAUACCCCAAAGCAGCACUAUCUGCAGACAAAUACUGGCAAGCAGACUGGCGCUAGGGUAAAGUCAAUAUCAAAUAAACUUGUUGAGCAAGUGGUUCCUUGUACACCUAGAUGUUACCUGAAAACAAUCCAAGCUAAUGGAGAUUUACAGCCCAGUAGAUCCCAACUGUAUUCAGCAAGACUCAAUGUUAUCAGCUCACCAGUAAUACCGGAAAUUAACUCAAGACAGUUUAAUCUCUUCGAUGGUGAUGAAAUAUUUGUUUGAAUAUAUUGGUAUUACCCGGUACUGGAAGAAUGUGCUGUUGCAUCCUUGCUAACAGUGUCUUGCACCAAACAUUUUGUUUUUCCAAUGGAGAUACAAAAAUGGAGAUUUAUAAG